AUGAGGGGCGCCAGUGGCGGCGGCGCGUCACGGGCCAUGAACACUGUGACGGGCUACCUGAAAUCCAUUGAGCCCCUGAAUGGUACCAACUAUCCAAGCUGGUAUAAAGAUGUUAAUGUUGCCAUUGCUGUGUGCGAGUAUGAUCUCGCCUUACGUCAAGCCAAGCCAGCAGAGCCCGCUGAUCCCAAUGGUGAUCGUACUGCCAUUGAGAAGUGGGAGAGAUCAGACAGGAUGGCCAACAUGAUCAUUAAGAACACGAUCACUCCGGCCAUCUGUGGUGUUAUUCCUUAUAAGGACCAGGAUGGUAAUGAUCUGAGCGCCAAGGCAUACCUUGCCAAGGUGGAGGAGAACUUUAAGAGUUCUUCCAAGACUUAUGCUAGCACCCUGAUCAUGAAGAUGCUGACUUCACAGUAUGAUGGGCAAAGUGGAAUCAGGGAGCACAUUAUGAGCAUGUGUGACAUGACAAAUAAGCUGAAGACACUGGAUAUGGCUAUCUCUGAUAGUUUUCUGGUGCACUUCAUCAUGACUUCUCUGCCAGUACAGUACAGUCCCUUCAAAAUAAGCUACAACACACAGAAGGCGACUUGGAGCAUGGCUGAGCUCAUUAGCUACUGUGUUGAGGAAGAAGAAAGGCAGAAAGCUGAAAGGAUGAAGGAUGCUGUCAACAUGGUCAGCGAGCACUUUGGGCGUGUUAGCAUGAGCAACACUCCUAAGCAUCAGGCUGAGUCUGGCAGCAGCAGGCAGCAUAAGAGAAAGUUUAAGGGCCAUAAGAGCAAGGCCGUGUCACAUAAGAAGGCCUCUAAUGAGAGGCUGUGCAAGUUCUGCAAGUCACCUAAACAUGAGCAGAAGGAUUGCCAUGGAUUUAAGGAGUGGCUUAAGAACAAAGGUAUUCAGUACGAUCCGAACUAUAAGAGAGGGGGAGCGAAGUCUAAUAGUGGUUGA